GUGACGACGGUGCGUCGUCGCGUGCUCUCGCAAUCCCGGUCGUGUCCGCGUCGUCGGCUCUGCCCUCACCGUGUCUCGUUCCACCGCUUUCUUCGAUUCCACGGGAUUCGAUCGAGCGACCAGGUUGUGACGAGGAAUAGAUCGUCGUGUGUGUCGCGGAUCUCACGCCUACUUCGCGUUGCUUCGUCCAUCGACUCGGGAAGCUGUUUAAAUUGAACGUGCCUCUCAACAGAUCGAUAACGGACAGCUUAGAUAGACGGAUUCGACGUUCUCCGGAAUGCGAUAAGCGUGGGACCACGUUGUAUCGUGAGAUCGAUAUGACGUGUUGGCAGAGAUACGCGACCGGAUGCAGUGCUCGUGAAACGUAUGCUCGUUUGUGUCCUGAAAGGGAAUUUCUUUACGAAUGAAGAAUUGUGUGGUAAGCCGGCCCACUCGUGCUGAGCCAGCGGGACGGAGUUAUGUGACGAGGUUGCUUGACGAUGAGAAUAAAUUCGAGGUCUGGUAGUCUUGAGAUAACGAAAGCAUGGCAGCGGCGCAAGGCACACCAGAGUCGGAUACUGGCAGUUUCGAGUGUUUCAGAAACUAUACUGCGCCAGAGGUGUUUGUGCAAGGCCUGGCUGGCAUUGUCGAUCAGCAGGAUGUAGAGUCCAUGAUACGUGCUCAGAAACAAAUGUUGCAAAGGUUCGAGAAAACCAACGAGAUGUUGACCAACUGCAAUCAGUUAUCGAUAAACAGACUGAAGACAGCCGGUACCGAGUUCAAAAAGCACACUGCUCUUCUCAUAGAAAUGAAAAGGGACUUAGAUUACAUCUUUAAGAGGAUUCGUCUGGUAAAGAACAAACUGAGCCAACAGUACCCGCAGGCGUUUAACGAGGCAGUGAGGAGCAGUUUGGCGGAGGAAGUCAUCGUGGAGGAUGUCGAUUGCCCGGUGAAGCCCCUCGAGCCGGAGAUCGUGCCGCUGCCGUCCGCUCCGGCUCAUUGUGCCGCCGAUCGUGAUCCCGAUUCAGACGUGCCGGUCGAGGAGUUUCAGUUCACGAAGCUGCGCAAACGGCGAAUAAAGAGUAACGACAGCUCGUCGACGGAGAGCAACAACGAUCAGAGUAACGCCGACACGUCUUCCUGCACGUCCGACACCGGCUGAGAGAAAGCCGGGGUCGAGCAAAUACGGGAAAGAGAGCGAGCGAGAGAGAGAAAGAAGCCGAGAGCUAGAGAGAAAGGCCGAGAGAAUGAGAGAGAGAAAGAAAGAAAGGGAGAGAGAGAGAGAGAGAGAGAGAGAGAGAGAGAGUGAGAAUGAAAUCGAAAACCUAAACAAAGCAAAUAUUCUUGAAGACGCUUAUUAAUUAUGCCCCGAAAAGUCGGACUCAUGCAUCAGCCACUUCGAAUGCUGCGUGCGAGCUAAUCGAUCGAUCGAUCAAUCGGCAAUAUGAGAACCGCAGCAAUCUCGAGGCGUCUCGAUCAUCCACACACGCACACACGCAGAUACCAUAUCUCGAUGUCACGUUGUAUAAGCUGAGCGUGAGCUUGUGAAUACUGUCUAUGUUCAACGAAAUAAAUUCUUUGUACACGAUA